CUCAACGUCAACAAUCUAUUUAGAGUUCUAGCUAGCAUCGCAUGGGCAUGGGCAUGGGCAUGGGCAUGACUUACCUACUCCAUAGAUGGGUGCCAUGGAUCCCUGUCCUAAUUGCUUUCAACAAUGUUUCACAUGCUCAGAAAACCCAGAGCUAGGUUGCGCAAUCUGCACGCACCUCCAAAAUCAACACUGGCAACACUUCCAUACGCCAUUCGCACCGGGCAUCUUGACAACCGACUUUAUAUAUUCUUCAGAAGAUAUAGUUCUUAAUGAUGUAGCCUUUGGAGAGUCUGCCCAUCAGGGAUUUCCAAACAACCUUCUACAACUAGAGUUGCCCUCUGCCACCUCCACCGAAGUACCUGCGGUCCGCAGACGGCACUGGACGAAUGACGAAAACCGCGAUUUCGAGCAGUGGAUUACCAACAAUCCAAAACCCACGAAACCACAAAAGGUCGAAUUUGCAACUAGCCAUCAAUAUCUCACCCUUUCUCAAGUACAAAAUAAGAUAAAUAAUUGGCGAAAUGGGCGAAAUGGGCGAAACGUGCAAAACCAAACGGUUUCAAAUACAGGCGCCGACAGAGAGGGGUUGCUCAAUCCGCCACAAGGAUUGGAGUUCUCUAUCAGUGCACCCAGUUGCACCACCAAUUCUGCAAUGCCUAUCACUCAGGGUACCGUAGCUACAGUUGAUACGUUCUCUGUUCCCAGCGAGCUCUUCGAUAACAUGAGGUCCAUAUCGCCUGUCUCAUCUAUUUUGAGAUACAUUGAUUCCCCUGAGCUAGAAGCCGAUCGGGAUGCCAUUGAACGGGCCUUUAAAACUGCAUCCGAUGAGUGCUUACGUGCUGAUCAUGUACCGUCCCCAUGCAUGCGCCUACCAUCAUUGAGUCACCAGGGGUCUUCGGAGAAACUUUCAUACGCGGAUCCAUACCUAGCAACAGUUCAACCUCGCCUUCGACAAGAUCAAAGCCGAAGUCGACCCUGCGAACGGUGCAUUGAGCAAGGCCUAUCGUGUAGCCCAAGCCUACCCUGCCAGCAGUGCGAUGAAGCUGAAAUUCCCUGUUCAAACUGUUUGAGGCCUGUUUCUGCCGUAAAUAUUUACCCACAUAAUCACGGACACGCAGACCUACAACGCAGAUCUACACAUCCUCUUCAAUUGUCUCCUACCCAACUCGAGCGCCUUGGUUCGCAGAUGUGCGGAACUGAUGUGUCUCCCAGGUCGCAGUCAGGAAGAUCAGUGGGCUCGGCUAGAACGUCUCGGUCAGGCGUGUCGACAACUUACAGUGCACGUUAUAGCAUCAAGCUAAAUCGGCGCUUCUCAGCUACCAAUCGCCGCCAUUCUGAAGUUGAGAUUCAACCAGCAAAAAAAAUAAAGCCCAUUCCCCCCACAUCGAUCUCAAGAAUGAAAAGAAGCACGUCUACACCGGCUACGUCCAAGCCAAGAAAUAUGCCCUCCAAUUCAAGUGCGGUCAAUGUGACACGGUUAUCUUUGACAACUCCAAAUUCACAGUCCGUGCGAAUGAAUGACGAAAAUGCAAAUUUCUCCCGGCCCUCCGUCUCCUCCACCAAUUUGACUCGGGAUCCAAAGCCAUCAGAUCGGAAGCCGGGAAUAAAGUACGACGGACGGGCGAAUUACUUCAUGUGCCCUGAUGGAAAUUGCUGGGAGAUCUUUGACGACUUGGAAGAAGUGAAAGUUCAUGUAAGGAACAACCACUUUCGAAGCUAUUGCACCUUUUGCCGACAUGCAUUUGCCAAUAUGAAUGAUUGGCGCAGCCAUGAAAAUCAACAUGCUGUAAAAAAGUUUGGGAAAGGGCAUGGUGGCCUUCUCUGGCUUUGUGGAAUCUGUUCUAUUUUUGGUUUAGCUGAACACCGUAGAUAUCAACAUAUCCAGCAACAUUGGAAAGAUGGACAAAGGAUGGAUGCUCGGGCUGGCGAUCCCAAAAUGUUGCCACUCUCAAAGGAGAAUUUUAAAGCCUUGGAAAAUAUGGAAGGCGAUCUAUUUGAGCUGAAUGCAGAAUAUCUACUUUCUAAGUUUGGAGAUCCCUGGAGCUCUCCUGGGGAAGAUCGAGAUCAUAGUAUUACUUUACCAGGCCAGCGGCCUUAUCUGUCAUCGAGCCCAAAGGUUAGAGUACCUUCGCGGCAUCCGGCAAGUACACCUUUAGAGACGUUGAUGUCACGGCCUAUAUUACAUGGACUCUUUGCAUCACUGAGACGCAGGCUCCCAAUGUUCCGAACAAGGGAGAAAUGAGCAUACCUGGAGAUGGACCAUGUUUGCGAACAAAGUUGGGUUUACGUUGAAAAUUCCCGGUGACGAGGUUCUUGGUUUACAUGUACCUUAUCCCUUCCUUCUUUUCCAAGACUAUUCCACAGCUCCACUUCCGUAGAAUAGUAGCGAAUCAAUAGCAACGAUCAAAGAAGG